AUGGUCCCCGUCGCCGAACUCGGUCGCCAGUACCAAUCCGGAGACCGCGUCUGGCUGCGGGGACGACUACAGUCCAUCCGGGGCAAGGGAAAAUCGUGGUUUCUCGUACUGCGACAAAACUCAUUCGAUACCGUACAGGCAUGUUACUUCAAAAAUGUCGACGAUGCGGAAGCCUCGCAAAAAAUGAUACGUUACUUGAAAACGCUCACGGCCGAAAGUGUCGUUGAUCUCGAAGGGACCUUGGUCGACGCGGACGUCAAAUCGUGUUCCGUCAAAAACGUCGAACUCAACAUUCACCGCAUCCACACCGUUUCCAAAGCCGACGCCAUCUUGCCAUUUGAGGUAGAGGAUGCCGCCCGUAGUGAGCAAGAAGUCGAGGCCUCGCAGAACACCGAACGUCCCUUUCCCCGUUUGGGGCAGGAACUCCGUCUCGAUCACCGUUGGAUGGAUUUGCGCGCGCCGGCCAACAACGCCAUUAUGCGCAUACAGUCCGCCGUGUGUCAACUUUUCGGCUUUUGCGAAAUACACACACCCAAGCUAAUUGCCGGCGAAAGUGAAAGCGGCGCCGGCGUCUUUACCACGGACUAUUUCGGAACCACGGCCUGUUUGGCCCAGUCACCACAGCUCUACAAACAAAUGGCCAUUGCGUCCGAUCUACCACGCGUCUUUGAAAUUGGACCCGUCUUUCGCGCCGAAAAUUCCAAUACCCGCCGUCAUCUCUGCGAGUUUACCGGACUCGAUCUGGAAAUGGCCAUUGACGACCACUACUUGGAAACCUUGGAGGUUGUUCACGAACUCUUUAAACAUAUUUUUACCGGCCUCGAAUCGCGUUGGGCGAAGGAAUUGAACAUUAUUCGGGAACAGUACGAUUCCGAACCCGUCGCUUUUACGCCAGAUCCGUGCGUGUUACACUGGCCCGAAGCCCUGGAAAUCCUUCAAAACGAAGGAUUCGAUAUUGCUGACGGUAUGCAGGAUAUGAACGGUGCCAUGGAACUCGCGUUAGGUAGGGUGGUCAAGGAAAAGUACGGCACUGACUUUUUCAUGCUGGAUAAGUACCCGUCCUCCAUUCGGCCUUUCUAUACCAUGCCCGACCCUGAAGAUUCCAGAUACUCGAAUUCGUACGAUAUUUUUAUUCGGGGACAAGAAAUAUGCUCCGGAGCCCAGCGGUGUCACGAUCCGGAUCUGGUCGAGAAAAUUUUGCAAGAGAAAGGCAUUGAAGUCGGUGACGGUCUCAAAUCCUACAUUGAGUCCUUUCGUCACGGGGUCAGUCCCCACGCGGGUGCUGGGAUCGGUCUGGAGCGCGUCGUCUUUUUGUACCUCGGCCUCGACAAUGUUCGUAAAGCCUCCAUGUUUCCGCGCGAUCCCAACCGAUGCACACCCUAA